UCUAAUAUACAGCUGUUGUCAUUCUCACUUUCUCUUUCCUGUCUGUAGUAGGGUGGCCGAGCCAGAAAGCUCAACCCAUGUACCCACAGCCCCAAAAUCACGAGCUGAAGUCCGCCUACGAUAUGCAGCCGCAGCCCAAACUCGAGGACUUCUUCGCCGCGGCUGCGGCCGCCGCCGCCGUGGACUCGACGGAGACCCAAGACUCGUCCCUGACUCACAUGUACGACCACCGCCACCAGGCACCCACCACGGCCUACUUUGGGGGCGGCGAGCCGCAGGAUCUGAAAGCCAUCGUCGGAUUCCCCGCCUUCUCCGCCAACUCGGGCUCGGAAGUGGAUGACUCGGCGUUCGGCGGCCAGACUCGGUCACCGGUUGACUCGGCCGCCGAUUUGGUGGCAUACUCGCAGUGCCUCACGGCUACAGCCAACGGUCUGUCCUUGGGAAACAACAUCAGCAACAUCGGCGAUGACAAUAAGAAUAAUAAUAAUAUUUAUGAUAAUCGUCAGGCCAUUGUUGUUGCUGAGUCAGAGAGCUGCAAGAAAACCGGCGAUUCGUUUGGUCAAAGGACUUCCAUUUACAGAGGCGUCACUAGACACAGAUGGACGGGAAGAUAUGAAGCGCAUCUAUGGGAUAACAGCUGUAGAAGGGAGGGCCAAGCAAGAAAAGGGCGUCAAGGUGGGUAUGACAAGGAAGAAAAGGCGGCUCGUGCAUAUGAUUUGGCUGCUCUCAAGUACUGGGGUUCUAGUGCUACCACCAAUUUCCCUGUUGCUAAUUAUGCAAAGGAAAUGGAGGAGAUGAAGGAUGCCACAAGACAGGAGUUCAUUGCCUCACUCCGAAGGAAAAGUAGCGGCUUCUCAAGGGGUGCUUCAAUUUACCGGGGAGUUACAAGGCAUCACCAACAAGGACGUUGGCAGGCAAGAAUAGGCCGUGUUGCAGGGAACAAAGAUCUAUACCUCGGCACGUUUGCAACCGAGGAGGAAGCAGCCGAGGCUUACGACAUAGCAGCCAUAAAAUUCCGGGGCACAAAUGCGGUCACAAAUUUCGAGAUGAGCCGUUAUGACGUUGAGGCCAUCGCCAACAGCCCUCUCCCUGUAGGCGGCUCCGCCAAACGCCUCAAACUAUCUCUCGAAGGCGACCAGAAAAACAUUUCGCCGCCGCCACCUGGCGCCUCCCUUGAAGCCGUCUCCUCAGGAAUCCAGCUGGCGCCUUCAGAUGUCCCGCUGGAUGCCAGCUCAGCCCCUUACUAUCAUCACCACAGCUUCCUACACCACCUCUACAGCCAGACGGCUGCCGCCAGCUCAGCAGACGUGGGGGCUCCGGCGAGUUUUCUGCCGUUGGCGGGCGAGUUUCUCAUCUGGCCUCACCAGUCUUAUUAAUUAUGAGUUGAGAUGUGACGUUAGUGGCUCUAACUUAUCGUUAACUGAUCAUUUCAUUUGACAGGGAAAGGUUUUAGGAGUUGCUAUUUGUUUUGUUUCAUUUGAUUUUAUAAAAGUAGUGAAUGACUUGAAGAAGGAUACAAGGGGGGGUUUGUUUCUUUAGUUGUGGCUUAGGUAGAAGCUCUAAUAUAUGCUGUAAGUAGCUUCCUAUGGAGUAGCCUUUUGUCUUGGGAUAUUAUGGAUUAAUUUUCAACUGGUUUUCCAUUACUAGAUUCUGCUCCUAUGACUGAUCUAUCAGGUUCCUUUUUUAGCUCGGUUUAGUGUUUAAAAUCGAGACCGAUUCUAAUAUAUGCUCGGGUGCUUCUAUAUUCUG